GCAAGUGUACACGGUACGCACACGUACAGUGCAGUUACAUGCAAAAUAUACGUACAGAACCUGCAUGCAGUGAAGGUACGGUAGAAAAAUCAUCACUCAUUUUCCAAAAUGGCGACGAUGCCGCAUCAGCAGGAAGUUUGCACACGAUUUUCAGACGAAUAUGAUCUGAAAGAUGAGCUCGGAAAGGGUGCGUUUAGUGUUGUAAAACGGUGCCUAAGAAAAAAGACCAACCAGGAAUUUGCGGCGAAAAUUAUCAACACAAAGAAAUUAUCACAAAGAGAUUUGCAGAAAUUAGAAAGAGAGGCUCGGAUAUGUCGCAAACUGAAGCACCCAAACAUAGUUCGCCUGCACGACAGCAUUCCCGAAGAAAAUUUUCAUUACCUAGUAUUUGACUUAGUUACUGGGGGUGAACUGUUUGAGGACAUUGUUGCCAGAGAAUACUACAGUGAAGCAGAUGCCAGCCACUGCAUCCAACAGAUCUUAGAGAGUGUGGAACAUUGCCAUAGAAAUAGUGUAGUACACCGAGACUUGAAGCCUGAAAACCUACUACUAGCAAGCAAACUAAAAGGUGCUGCUGUCAAGCUUGCCGAUUUUGGUCUUGCUAUCGAGUUGCAAGGGGAUCAACCGGCAUGGUUUGGUUUUGCUGGAACACCGGGUUACCUGUCACCGGAGGUUCUGAAGAAGGAUCCAUACGGAAGGGCUGUGGACAUCUGGGCAUGCGGUGUGAUUCUGUACAUCUUACUGGUCGGGUACCCUCCCUUCUGGGAUGAAGACCAACACAGAUUGUACUCGCAAAUCAAGGCUGGAUCCUAUGAUUACCCUUCACCAGAGUGGGACACCGUCACGACUGAAGCCAAGCAACUCAUUGACAGCAUGCUAACGGUCAACCCCACUAAGCGGAUAACGGCUAACGAAGCACUCAAACAUGCCUGGAUAAGCAAUUCAGAGCAUGUGGCAUCAGGGAUGCACAGACAGGAAACCGUCGACUGCUUGAAGAAAUUCAAUGCUCGACGCAAACUCAAGGGAGCUAUUUUGACAACUAUGCUCGCUACCAGGAACUUCUCCAAAUGGUCCAGCUCUCCGCAAACGAAAUCAGGGGAAAGUACGGAAAAGGCAGGUGGAAAGACAAUGGUCAAGAAGGACAAUGACAUCAAGGAGUCGCAAGAAAGCAGCGUGGUUGAAGAUGAUGAUGUCAAAGCACGUAAGAUGGAGGUGAUCAAGGUGACGGAGGCUCUCAUAGAUGUCAUCAACAACGGAGACUUUGAAGGAUACACAAAACUGUGUGAUCCGCACAUGACCUGCUUUGAGCCUGAAGCGUUCGGCAAUUUAGUGGAAGGCAUGGAUUUCCACAGGUUCUACUUUGACAACGUACUGUCGAAGAACAACAGAGCGCGCAACACUACCAUCCUCCACCCUCACGUUCAUCUGAUUGGCGACGACGCAGCCUGCAUUGCCUAUGUCCGCCUCACCCAGUACAUAGACCGGAACGGCUUACCUGUAACAGCCCAGUCGGAGGAGACGAGAGUUUGGCAACGCAGGGACAACAAGUGGACUAGCAUUCACUUUCACCGAUCUGGAUCUCCGAGUGCCCCCUCCAAAUAGCCACACACCCAGAAAAGUUUCUUCUUACCACCACCCAACCGUGUCCCCUGAUCCACCUGUUGAACGAGCGCAUCCCUUUAAAACAAAGUAGAUGUGUUCUUUGGUACAGUCACAGGGUCGGUUCUUUAAAGGGGUUUUUGCCAGAGGGAAGAGAGGUUUUCUCAAUUGGGAGAAGGAAAAAAAUGCAAAAACCUAGCCAAGCCAUUGCAUUAUUGAGAUCCAAUCUCAUUAUUGUGUAAUCUUCAAAGCAAUGGCUUUCGUUUUUGUCUUUUGUGUCGGAUUCAGUCAGAGUAUCGUCUUGGCAUUUUGAGCCAAAACUGAGGAUGACUGACUGGUUGAUAGUGAAUUUUUUUCAGUUUCUCGGAGAUUGUUUGGAGGAGUUGGAUCAGUGGAUGAAGCCCUUGGGCUGAAUAUCCAAAAGGAUAUUACAUUUUGGACAGGAAAAGUUUUGGAUAAGUUUUGAAAGCCUUGGGCGGAAUCAAAACGAAUGGUGUCACUUUUUGAAAGGAAGAGAUGUAUCAGUGCUGACUAAAAGUAGCCUGAAGCGAAGCUGAGAGUCUGUUUUUCCGCGUGUUUAAUCUUUGAGAUCUUGAAGUGGCAAUUUUUCCGGGGGGCUAGGUAGGUUUGUGUUUACCAAUUUUUUUAAUCCUGUCGUGUCUGUCAUAGUAUGUUUACAGCCCACUUAUGAGGCUUAAAUUGAGAAUAAGUAGAGAUGCUUGAAACUAUUUUUUUUAGUUACGUAUUUAGUUAUCCUCAUGAUCAUUGCCCGUCUUUCCGUAUUUUCCUGGCGCUCUUCGGCACUUUUCUUGUUUAGUGAUCCUUAAUCAUCUCAAUCCCUCAAUUGUACCAUCUCGUUCCUUCGUGUUUUCCAUACCUACAUUAUAUUCAAAUAUCUUCAUUUUUUGUAAUUUUUUGAUUUUUUUUCUGGUUUGAAUUUUUUUUUUUGUAAGCCCAGUGAACCCCGUUGUUUUGCAGAGUCCUACCAGUGCCGUACCUAAUCUAACCUGUCUUGGUUUGCUUUCCAGUAGUUGAAAACCCGUCCUGUGUUGGUUGUAUUUAUUCCUACCUGUUUGAAGGUUUUCCAAGCCCGCCCUAUAUUUAGCAUUGCCAUAGUGUAUGGAAAUACCCAAACGCCACAUUGUGUUUGCCCCUUAACAAGUUGGGAGCCAUCUCGACGUUUCUAACAAAAAGAUAUUUUCCCAUAACUUCAUCAAUGCACCAUAUGCAACUGUAGUUUGUGGUAUCAUCGUUGCUUUGUUCUUUUUGUUUUUGUCAGAAGAGGAGUAUAGUCGUUGGUUAUAUUGGAUAUCAGGUCAUGCCUUUGAAGUUUCUGCUUGUAAUUUAAAUCACUGUAAUACAGCUGUAAUUGUGUAGGUUAGCAGACAAAUUUCCAAUAUCAGGUGGCUUGACAUAGAUUUUGGCCACUAGGCGCCUAUUUGUAUAUUUGUUGAGCUGUAUUAUGCAAAAAAAAAACACGAGUGGACAUUUAUCAUACCAAUGUAAGAUUUUUCGAUUAAGACGAUUGAAAUUAGAGAGAUCGCUUUUGUGAUGAGGGGUUGUCGUUUCAAUUUACCUUUUAUUUGUACAUUUUUGCUGCGUGUAAUGAAAUGGGAUUUGGUUUUUCUUUGUGUUUUCAAUUUUUUUUUUUUUUACUUGGUAGACUUCUUGUUGCAGUGCCUGUGUAUGGAAUCAAAAGAAGCAAGUUUUAGGUGCGGAACAGUUGAAGAAAAGGACAGAAGCGAUAAAAGUUUCUGGUCAAAAGACGGAAGGGCAUGUUACGGUGAUUUUGAUUGAUUCUUUGAAGAAGGAGCUAUAGAGAAAAGUACAUGCUUUUAUGUACAGUUUAAGAUAAAUUUGAUAUAUUUAAUAAUGGCGUAUAUAUGUAAAGAGGUCAGAUCGGGGUACUAAUUAGUAACCUAGAAAGCUACACAGCAAAGCUGAACUGAAAUUUUUGAAAGGAAAUUAGCGGUAGACUUUCGUCUUCUUAUUUUGAUGUUCUUGUGUCAGUUUAUUACCAAAAAAGAAAAGAAGUAAACUCUUCUCGGUGACAAAUAACUCAUAUUUACGAUUGUUACUAGGAGUGUAUCAUAAACUUUUUCUUGUCCAGUAGUGAGCAGGGUUGUACCGUGUAAUUAAUUGUUAUAUUGGUGAUAUAAUAACUCAAACAUUUUGUUCGAAUAUCUUUUCUUUUCCCUUGGUGAAUAUGACAUGUAUUGCUUGAAAGGGCGGAGAAAUCCCCUCUCGGGGUAUUUUUAUAUGCAGAAUUUGUGGGAGGCCCUUGCUCUUCGGGUGAGUGAGAGGUAGUUGAAGAGACGGGUGCAAUUCUUGAACGAUCAUGUAGGUCUAAAGAUUAUAGGUUUCCUCACCACUUUGUGUCGAAACUUAAAUCAUUUGUUGCGAAUCUCCUAAGAUUACUUGAAACUGUCAACCCGUGCGCCAUAAUUAAGUAGCCUCUUACCUUUCAUGUUUCAAAUUGCGUGUGGAUUGCAUGUAGGUAGCACAAGCCGCUAUUUGCACUACUGACACUCAUCCUGGAGAUUUAUUGGUCAUUUGUGAUUGCGGAUGUAGCUAGAUAAACGCUUCCACAUCAUCAGCUGCUCCGGUAUCGGACGUUAGCAAGGGCAAGCCGUACUUUGCACAAAUGAUAUAGUUUGUGCUCUACAACAUUGUCUUAGCACAGCCACAACCCCAGAACGCAAGCUGCCAAAGAAACCUGUCAAUCUUGCCCGGACUUUCCAAUUUUGGCAAAAGGUAGCUUUUCGCAAGCGACUGUUUUCUGUGGGAUAUUUUGGCCUUUCUUGAAAGCCUGCUACCUAUUUUGUAGAAGUCAAACUCUUGUGUAAGUCUUUAGUCUGCGUGUUGAAGAAUCAGAUUCCCUACUCUGUAUUCGUGAAGAUGUAAAAUUGUAUGAUACACUGCAGAAUUAACACUGAUGUAAUUUCUCUGCUAAUAUGCACACGUUGUGAAUUGAACGGCACCAGAAUAUCUCGUAAUUUUACUUGUUUUGCAGUUUUGCUUGACUUGAUCGUCCAGUCGAGGGGUUUAACGUGUAAAAACCUGCAUUCAGGAAAUAGUUGCCAUUAUUAGCAAAAGAUAUCAUUGCUCUGAAAUUUCCCCAAAACGAGAUAAAAUAUUGUCUUGUGUACGAAUAGCCGUUGAAUCAUGUGUUGAAAUUGUGACCACAUCAUGGAAGCAGAAUACCAAUUAAAGUGAAACGUAUUUGACAUGGAAUUACGUCACCAAUGACGUCACGUUUCACGUCAGCAUACGUUAACUUGUCAAGAGUUGAAUACUUGAUAAGUAACAUUAUCCGCAUAAUUAUGGUUUUGCAUUGGGUUAAAGUUUGAUCCUCAUUAAUUGCUUUGAAUGAAAUACCAAUUUAACCCAUUGUAUACUACAUGACAUAUGUGCCUUUUUCGCCCCUUCGUUGGUCUUGAAACGCAUUGCUGUUGACGGGAGUGUCUUCAGACUCAAAGCGAGAAACAAAUUUGGUCAUGGACAGAGGUGAAAUGUGCAUGAUGUUUAAGUUUGCAUUAGGGUUAAUAAGUUGUUCAUGGGACCAGUUAUCUGGAUUGGCGGUUUUUCUGGUUCAAACACAAUUGGUUUUUUUCACAUUAUUACCUGAGGGUAACAUUCAAGUUAAAUACAUGUUGAAAUUGGUCAACCCUUUACGGCACCAGCAUUUAGCAGUUUAGUAGUUCAGCUGACUUUAAUAGUUGAGUUUCCGAUCGCGAAUUGUGGCUUAAGUUCUUCUCUGAAAAAAAAGGUGGUAUUUUAUUUGUUGCCUAUAUUACUUUUCCCUCAAAAUAUCGGCCUAUUUUACUGCUUUAUUAACUGUGUAGUGUAUGCAUUUGCAGGGGCACAGAUUGGUGCGCUUAUGGCUCGCAUCUGUGUGACUAUAAAGUAUGUGUACAUUAGCUAGAAUUCUAUUUCACAAUUUAACUUUUUUCUCUAUUGGUUUAGAAGGCGUUUAAGGUAUAAAAUGUAAUAGUGCUAUUGAAGCAAUUAUAUAUAUUAUUGAUGUAACAUUUCUUAUAUCUCCAGGUCCUGUAGCUGUAAUUAUUUCUGGCAGGCGUAGAAAGGGUCUGCCAGGCACUUUUGAAUUUUAGUCAUUGUGGCUUUUACCACGUGCGUCGCAAAACAGCCACCACAGUGUUCGCUUCGUCUUUCCAACUUCGUUUGUAGACUGCAGGACCUGACUUGCUUGUGUUUUUUUUCCAUAUUCAUACAGUAAUUGUGUGGUCGGUUUAGUUCUACAUGUACCGUGGUGGCUGUCAUGCGCACGCACAUAUUAACACGAUCACAAAGUUGUCUCUGGAGGGCGCCCUAUCCUGUAUUUGAAACCGGUUUCAUAUAUCAAAUUAUCUGGUCGAAAAAGCAACACCACGAUGACAUAUUUUGAGGUCUUGCCUUGUACCUGUUUGUGAUUUGUUUAGCACCCUCCAGUGGCAGUACUUGUGUGGUGUACGUGAUCACGUUUUUCUCACUUCUCUCGUACCCAUCGCCAAAUAACCGCUGAUCUCCAUGUAACAAAUAUGCACAGCUAUUUGCCAUUCCGAGUGUACAAACAAGUGAAGCUACGCGCUGCUUCCCGAUCCUUCCAUUCGAAUGUGCGGAGGAAACCAGUAUCAACCGCUCCCAUCGUUCACAAUUAAAUAAGAUAUCUUUCUUUACAAAUCUAUUGUUCUUGGAGUGGUAAUACUGCGGACGGCGGCGUCAAUUUGAACAGCCAACGGGCUAUCCUGAUUUUUGUUACAUGGAGAUCUGUGCAACUAACUGUGACCACUGUUACCAGCUGAUCAUAACAAGAGCUCCCUCAUUUAUUAAGAAUGAAAGACUACGCAACGUGGCUGUCACGCUAAUGUGUAGACGUCACUGCUUAAGGUCAAUUUACCCAGAGGCCAUUGCCCAUUUGGUAGCAAGAUUCUGUUCAAAUUUGAUCAGCCGGUACCAGGGAUCUUGCUUGAUAUCGAUGGGUACCAGUGAAGCUCUCCUGAUGUCCAGUAGACCUUUCCUUGACGUCACCACGGUUUGGCAAUCAACAGGUUGGAAAGAAAGUUAUCGGAAAGCGAAUAACACAGUGCGAUUACGUAUAUGGUUAACGCUUCAAAGAAUGCUGACUUACUGUCAAUGUUUACCAACGAAAAGAAAGGUCUAUAGGAUUUCACUUUAUAUGCUAUUAUCGGUGUCAUUGUUUGUGUCAAACUUUAAAAAGGAAGGGUAAAAUUAAUCGUUGUUAACUUCCGAUAAAUAUAUCGAUUUAUUAUGAAAGUUGGGUGAGCGUUUAACAACAUACGAAAUUAAAAAAAAGAAAUAAUAAAAUACCUGUUGGAAGCAUGAUGAAUGUAUAGAAAAA